GCCUCCUCCUCCUCUUGACGGGACAAGAUGGCGGCGCCCUUAGCGGCGGAGUUGGAGCGUCUCCUCAACCCGCUACCCCGCGCCCAGGUUGACCCGGAGGACGACCCCGAGGAGGCUACAGCAGCCAAAGUGAUCGACAAAUUUGACGAAGGAAACCUUGAUGAAGAUGUCCUUUCUGUUGGUCGAAUACGGAAAGGAAUUGCCUCUCAGCUUUUGGAUGCUGAUAAGCGAUACCAGGGAAAAGCCACCACCCGCAAAGCCUUAGAAGAAGAGUUGUGGGGUGCAGCUGAGCUGCCAGAUGAAGAAACAUCAGGUGAGGAGAUAGAUGAAGGUGAUCUUGACAGUGAAUCUCUGGCUGAAGAUGAGAGUCCAGAAACAGAGGAGGAAGAGGAAGAGGCAGCCAGUGAUGCUGAUGAAGUCAAAAAGCUGUCCCACAAGCUGAAAAAAACAGCCUUCAGUUUCCAGGCCAUUGACGAUUUUGAGAAAUUUGCCGAAGGAAUGGAUGAGUUUGGGAGUGAAGAAGAAGAAGAAGAAGCAGAAGAAGAAGCAGAAGAAGAAGAAGAGGAAGCUAGCUCUGGAGAAUACUACAAAGAUGAAAGUGACUCACAGGGAAGCCUGAAGGAGAGUGAGGAGGAAAUGGCAGAUGUCGAUAGAGAUCCUGAAAGUGGGAUCCUCUUGACUCACUCUCAAGGCCAAGCAGCGGAAGAAGUGGCAAAGGGAAAAGCAGUCAAAAAUCAAAUAGCCCUGUGGGAUCAGCUCCUGGAAAGCCGAAUCAAGCUGCAGAAGGCCCUCUUAAUAGCCAACCAACUUCCCCAGCCAGAUACCUUCUCUGAAUUCAAGAAGAAAGGAGGGCAGGAAUAUUCUAACGUGCUCAAGAACAGUUACAAAGCGUUAAAGGCUUUGCUGAGAAGCCUGGUGGAUCUUCAGGAUGAGCUGUGGCACCAGAACUCGGGGACCAGACAUUUGGUAACAGGACAAAAGAAAGAGGAGAGCGAUGAAGAGAUCUCAAGUGGCAGCACUGAAGCUGAGGAAGAGAAGCGGGUUGUGCGGAGGCCGCCCAAACGGAAGCUGGAGAUGGAGGACUACCCUGAAUUCGCGUCCAAGAGGUUUGCUGAGUUUCGGGUCUACAGAAACAACACCCUACAGAAGUGGCACGACAGGACCAGACUGGCUUCUGGCAAACUGGGCAAGGGUUUUGGUGCCUUUGACCGAUCCAUCUUGACUCAAGUAGAACACAUUCUGAUGGACAAAGAGAGGCUGCUCCGACGGACACAGACCAAGAGGUCAACAUACAAGGUCCUGGGAAAAAAAACCUCGUCUGCUGAGGUGCUUCCAGAAACCCUACUGGACGAGACGGAGAUGCUUCCUCCAGUGAUGUCAAAUGCCCACCUCAAAGACCUGGACGAGGAGAUCUUCGAUGACGAUGACUUUUAUCAUCAGCUGCUCCGGGAACUUAUUGAACGCAAAACCACUUCCUUGGAUCCAAACGACCAAGUGGCGAUGGGCAGACAAUGGCUGGCUAUCCAGAAACUGAGGAGUAAAAUUCGGAAGAAAGUGGACACCAAGGCCAGUAAAGGAAGGAAAAUACGGUAUCAUGUCCACAGCAAGCUGGUGAGCUUCAUGGCACCCAUUGACCACUGCACAAUGAAUGAUGAUGCCAGGACAGAACUAUAUCGGUCCCUGUUUGGCAAGCAGGUCCACCUGGAAGAAGGACACCAAGCCUAGCGAUCCAUAGGAGACCUUUGGAGGUUCUGGAAUAUGGGAGAAGUUCUCGUGUUUGGAUAGUCCCACCACCCUACAGGUCUCACUCAGGAGAGCCCAGGUAGCGUCUGUCCAUUUGAUGGAGAAGAACCUUAAGAAAGCUGCCAUCCAUGAUCGCAUUGAGAAGCGGGACAAUGUUUUUGUCCUAUUCUCCCCUCCCCACAUCUCUCUUUCUGAACUUCCCUCAAGAUGAGCCAUGUCAAUUCCGUCAGGCGGUUUCCUGUGGGAUCUUCAAGGACACAGUGAGCAGGAAGCCAGCUUGGAUUUUACUCAUCGUUCUGGCAGGGCAAGACUGUUGCCAAAGAUCACCACUGUCAUUACAUCCGGAUGAUUGGAUGGAUGGAUGAUGGAGAGAGGGAGGAUGGAUUGGAUGGAUGGAGGAUGAAU